CGUUCAGUUGGGCCCGCAUCGCCCAGCGUUCAGGUUGAGACCCAACCCCAAAUCAGAUUUCACUUUCUUCUUCAGCAGCAGAUUUCGUAAGCCAAAGGAAAGAUGCGCCAAAAACUAAAGUUGCACUUGAUAUUGCUGCUCGGCCUGUGCGUCUUCAUCAAUCGCACCCAAGCGCAGUUGAUAGGCGGAGAGGAAGACGAAGAGGAGGAGGAGGAGGAAGAGGAGGAGGAGGAGGAGGAGAGCGUGGAGGAUGAAACCUUCGAGGAGAAGCUGCAGCGUAAGAACAUCAAGCAGGACUCGAGUCUCAGUGUGGACAAAUUAAUUGCCAAGUACGGCUAUGAGGCGGAAGUGCAUCAUGUGACCACCGAGGACGGAUAUAUCCUGACAAUGCAUCGCGUUCGAAGUCAGGGCUCCCAGCCCUUUCUGCUGCAGCACGGACUUGUGGACAGCUCGGCGGGUUUCGUGGUAAUGGGCCCCAACGUCAGCCUGGCCUAUUUGCUGGCCGACCACAACUACGACGUCUGGCUGGGCAAUGCACGCGGUAAUCGCUACUCGAGGAAUCACACCAGCCUCGACCCGGACGAGUCCAAGUUCUGGGACUUCAGCUGGCACGAGAUAGGCAUGUACGACCUGCCCGCAAUGAUCGAUUAUGUGCUAAAGGUCACCGGCUUCAAGCGGCUGCACUACGCCGGACACUCCCAGGGCUGCACAUCCUUCUUCGUGAUGUGCUCCAUGCGGCCCACAUACAACGAGAAAGUCAUCUCCAUGCAGGCUCUGGCCCCAGCUGUCUAUGCCAAGGAGACCGAAAACCAUCCCUACAUACGAGCCAUGAGCUUGUACUUCAACAGCCUGGUGGGCAGCUCCAUUAGAGAAAUGUUCAACGGCGAGUUCCGCUUUCUAUGCCGCAUGACCGAGGAGACGGAGCGACUGUGCAUCGAGGCUGUCUUUGGCAUCGUGGGACGCAACUGGAAUGAGUUCAACAGGAAAAUGUUCCCCGUUAUCCUCGGGCACUAUCCGGCCGGAGUGGCCGCCAAGCAGGUGAAGCACUUCAUACAGAUCAUCAAGAGCGGCAGGUUUGCCCCGUACAGCUACAGCUCCAACAAGAACAUGGCUCUGUACAGGGACCACCAGCCGCCACGUUACAAUCUCAGCCUGGUGACGGUGCCCACCUUUGUGUAUUACUCCACGAAUGACUUGCUCUGCCAUCCCCGCGAUGUGGAGGCCAUGUGCGACGAUCUGGGCAAUGUGACGGGCAAGUAUCUGGUGCCACUGAAAGAGUUCAACCACAUGGACUUCCUGUGGGCCAUUGAUGUGCGAAAGAUGCUCUAUCAGCGCAUGCUGCAAGUGCUCGGCAAACUGCCGGCAGAACCCGAAGAGGAACCCCAGAAGGCUGCCCGAGCGGGUCGUGGAGCGUGGCCUAGAUGGAGGUAG